UGCCUACCUUUUCGCCCUUCUUUGGAUGAAUUUCGUCACGCAUACGAAUGUCACGACCCCUCAUACACUUUGGCUUCCGGCAGUUCUGGGUUGCAUUUCAAAGCGCGUUGGGAGUUAUUUAUUCUUUCUGUUUACCCGCUUUAGACACCUGGAUUACUUUUUUCCCAUUAGCGACAAGCGGUUGAUUUAUUUACAGAUAUCGAUCUAAGAUGAUAUCAUCAAGUUACGACUUUCCUUUCUCUCUCAUACACACGUCCACCACCUUUUCUCUCUUUUCUCCACAUUCCAAAGGCGUUGAAUCCGGGUGGCAUACAUCGAUUCGAAACGAUUGCAUUGGGAGGCUUUCUCUGCAUCAAAAAAAGUUCUACAAAUCUUCCUUGGUGUCUUCAUCUGCUUUUUCCACAUCUUUUGAGAUCUACUCGUUUCCCAGGAGGAAACGAUCCGUCUUUCGUCAGCACUACUUGCAUCCCUGGCUCUGGUCAUUCACCUUGGUCUUUCUUGCCUUGGCCUUUGUUUUUCGCUGGUUUCUCCUGGACUUGGUGAAGCGCUGGCUCUACGGUUCUACGGUAUCUGGAUAGAUCGGGCUUAGAGACUUGAAUAUAUUACAUGAUGCUGGC